UUGAAAAAUUCAGGAGCGACCGUCGUAAAAACGGAAUCAAGAUUUUACGAGUCGAAAUGUAGAGUUGGUUGUAUGUGCGUUUGUACCGCUGGCUCGUAAAUAAAGACGCUUUGCUGAAUCACGGGGCCGUAGCAGUAGGUUUACUCGGUCUACCGUGUCUUGGCUUGAAUGCAAACCAUCUGCAAUUAGACUCCGAAACAGGGAUACUUGAAUAUGCGUGACAGGUAGCAGUUCGAGUGCAGGGAAACGGAGGCUGAAGAAGUUUCGCCGGGGAAAAUUACGUGGAUAGGGAAACGGUCAGCGCAAAUUUCCAGACGAGAAAAAUAGAAACGGAAUACGACUUCUGAGAGUUAAGGGAAUACGAAAUUUAGGAGUAAAAUUAGGGAACAGGGAUUUUCCUCGAAGCUUUAUCGAAUUUCGAAACUGUCGAUACUUUGGAAACUCGAAGCGGUGAUUUUGUUUUUACAGUAUCUUAUUUUAAGAACCGGGGUCGGAAAACUUGUCGAGCUUUCAUGCAUCGCACUCGCAUUAUUUUUGAAAUCUACGAUUUAAUAGGAGGAAAUUAUAGAAGAUGAUCAUUUAAUAAAUUAAAAUUACCAAGCAUCACUGAUUGUUUACAUACAAGAGUAGUUAACGAAAAACAAGUACAAAAUGUUUUGCAAUGAAAUGUGGAUCGCAAAUAAUUUGCAAAUUCGAGAGAUUUUAGAUUAACGAAGUAAUGUUUUAAUUAAACUGUGUUUUAUGGUGCAGACUAAUCUCCCAAAAGCAUAACGCAUGGGAAACGAUUUUUUCAUUUUCGUAGCUCGGUUUUUCAUUUCCCAUUUUAAUUACGACACACAUCGAACGCGCGUUUAAACGUACGAUAAUAUUGUAUCGAUAAUAUAAUUUCAUCAACAACGGUUAAUUACAGUCUGACGUUUAAAUAUUGAACUUGGAAGACCAUUAAUUCGUGUUUUCCUUAUCAAUUAUUCAUGAAACUUGCCGCUACUAAAGUAUUUGUCCGCAACGACGCGUUAAUUAUCGGCGGAAAAUCGUUUGGUAUAGUUGGACGUUACCUGGUGUGUGUACAACAUCGAAUUAAUUGCAAAUAAACCCGAUGCGAGGAUAGAUCAGAAGACCGCACGCAAUUUUCGAGCACGUGCAGGGCCUGUAAACUCGAAAAACAGUGCGCGAGAAAUGUCGGGGGUAGGGUCAGGACUUGAUGUACGAGCUGGAAAAAAAAGCUAGCUCGUGGAUCGAGAGGGUUUGUCCGCGACGCUACAUAUGCAAACGCGAGGUUAAAUGUCCACGCGAGGAGGAAGAGGAAGCCCGUCGACAAAUUAAAGUGAUUUAUUUUAUUUUGCCGGAACUCGGCAUUAAUCUUGCCGCGUACAGAGACAAGGAAGAAGUUGGAUACGGGAUUAAUCGUGCAGCGCUGUACAACUGGGGCUGUGUAUCGUCGAGGUACACAGAAUUUCGCUGUUGCCUGUUUCUCUUUGAUUUCGAUUCUUCAGCAUCUGUACAAACAAAAAGCACUGAUUUCUCGGAAACCCAUCUUCAAAAGUGGAGGACAUAUUUCCUCCGGCGAACGACAAAGGAAAACGGUCCGCAGCUUCCGUUAACUAGAAAUAUCCUCUCGAUGCUCCGAGGGAGAUUGUUUCGAGCAAUUUCACGGGGCUUCUCGUCGUCGAGAGAAAUUCGAACAUUGGCCAGGCGCAAGAGGAAAGGAUAAAAACAAAAGGGACCAAGAGGAAAAAUUACCAACGUCAAGAACAAAUCCUACGAGGUGACAGGAAGUACAAAGCCGCGUUGAAAAACCGCGCUCGCCGGCAAAGAAAGAAAAGCACGGUGGGUCGAGAGGUGACAGAGGGCUCCGUAAAAGAGAAAAGAAGACAGAGACGUUUAAAAUGCUCGAAGACGGUUGUUUUCGUCCGACGGUGGCCAGAAAAGCUCGCAUCCCCGGUUUGCCCUGCUGCCCGGCAUUCAAGCCCUGCUCCUUCCAGCUGUCGCUCUUAGAGAACGCCACUGGGGAUGAUAAAAGCUGCCAACGCGAUAUGAAUUAUUAUCGGACAUGCACGGAUCCUUUCGCGCGGAUACAAGCGUUGUUUGUUACGCGUGAAUUUGGACAUCGUCCGCGAGCUUCGGAAG